AUGAAAAGUACGUUCAUGGAUCAAAGUUUACUGCAUAAACCACCAUUUCUUUACAGACCCCCAAAAAGGAAAAUAAAAAGACUAUCAUUUCUUUGUCUGACUCAAAUUGCAAGAACAACCUCCCCUGUUCGUUCAGAAGAUAAUUAUCAUGCCUCCCCUAAGCCUUCUCUGAACGAUAGCGGUGGGUUCAAAAGUCUCUCUCACCAUGUCUCCCUAUCCAAGGCCAUACUCUCCGGGAUGUUAACCCAAACAAAAGUGACUUCAAGAGACAGAUGUGCAGGUCAAUCAUUUGCUCACACAGCAACGGAGUUGUUAAUGUUACAAAUAUCCUUCGAAUGUUCAAAGACAAACAAAAAAACUGAUGAGCGGGAAGUAGCAAAAUAA